AUGACAUCAAAAAAUCUAAAAGUUAGUAGUAGCAGACAAUCUAAAGAGUUAAAUUCUCCUUCUCGUGAAAUGUUGUCAGAUAGGUUUAGAUGGCCAAGUUGCAUUGUUUGGAACGUUAUAUUGAAACAACAACAUUUGUUUUGUCAAAUAUUUCCUAGUCUUUGUUGCUUUAUUCGAAAGUAUCUCAUUAAAGGUAGAGAGAAACAAAGUGCACUAUUUUUUAAAAGAUAUCGCAGAACUAAAAGUAUCGGUGGAAUAGAUAUACUAACCGAAUUUGGAAAUUAUCAAAGAAUUGCCAGAAAACAGCGUCAUUGCUCUGAAGAUUUUCCGUUAAUUCAUGUGACGCUCUUUCACCUUGUUGCAUUACAAAAAUCAAGUUUAUUAAUACAAAAACAAUUGUUUGAAAAGAAUGCAAUAUAG